AUUCCAAACAUUCAUUCAUGUCUUUAAAAACCCAAUGGUAACAACGGUAGUUGUGAUUGUAUCAAACGGUGAGCACCACUAUAGUGUACACGGUGGCAAUAAAGUAAAUGGGCGCUAGUGGCAGUUAGUACUCACAAAAUAAUCAACGAACAAAUAAACGGACACAACCCGGCCAGCUGUAUUUUUCAAGCACAGUGUAAAAAGUGAAAAGUGCGUGCGACCAGAUUCGGUACUUCUACGUGUAACACACUGUGGCAAGCAAGCGAGUUCCCUUAAAGAAAUUAACUAAAUUUUUGGUAAUAAAUGAAACAGAGUUGUUAGAAAUAUAUUAAAAUUUGCCGGUAAUAUAGUGAAUCAAUCAAACAUAAAUACCUGUGCGGUAGUCUAAGUGCUGGAUGUAGUGUUCGACUCAAAUAUUUUACUAAAUCAAAUUUGGGUUAUAAAUAUUUCCAAAAAGAAUGGUUCAAAAAUAAUAUGACAGUACGUUAAAGUACUUUAUGUGAUAAAUUCACGGAGGAUCAGAUACUAAAUCUUUAAAAUGUACUUCAGUUGUAGUCAAAUUACUUGUGAUAGAUGGGCGUGGUCCUCAACUCAUAAUAUUUAAGUUAGUUAUUAAUUCGCAAAUAUAAAUAUCAAUAAAACUAAGAUAAAUGUUUAAAUAUGAGCGAUUUUUAAGAAAUAUGUUUUUCAAUAAAACACAAAUCGAUCCUUUUCAUUUAUUAAAGCGCUGAUAUUUGUAUACAAAGCGUAGAACAGAAAAAACAAACUAUAUUUUCAUAUAAACAUUCAAAUACAUUUUUUAAUUCAAACGAAUUAAGUAAUUUUUAUAUUGCAAAAUUUAAAAUAAGGUGUCACUAAAUGCUCUUCUAUGCACAUUGAAACGAAAUUUCGGUAAUGCAUAUGAGUGAUAUAAAAUACAAUUAUUGAAAGUGAAUUUGUGUGCCAUGUAUAUAAAUUAAUUAUAGAAUUAAAAGUUUGCAAUAUUUCGUGUAAAGUGGAUAACGAACUAGCCGUCAUUAAGCUGACGGGCUGCACCAGUAUAAUUAGUGACGUUGGUGAGAACGACAACAACGUUGCGGAUUACAGCAAUCAACUACAACACUACAAACGUGAACUUCAAUCAACAAUAGACACACCGGAAAAUUCCCCAUCCAAGUCGCCGCUGACACACUCCGAAGAGCAACAACAGCCACAAUGUCUAAAAAUUGAACAUAGUUCGCAUUCAAAUUUCGACCAUUAUCAACCACAUCAAGAGCAACAACCUCUUUAUAAUAACUUUUAUUAUCAUGAAAAUUUGGCACAAACGUUAUAUCAACGAAAACAGUCACCUAUAACACACUCAUCUGAGCACAAUCAACAACAUUAUUCAUAUUAUCGACAACAACAGCAGCAUCAACAAGUCACACAGGAUCAACAACGGAAAUUACUCGAAAUGUUUGCUCUACAACCAACACCAUCAAUGGGAGCUGUCAUCUCGCCAUGGUCGGGAGCAAUGAUCGAUCGCAUACCUUCACUUGAUGAUAUGCCACACAAAGAUAAUGUUAUAGCGAUGAGAAACCUACCAUGUUUGGGUGUUGGUGUCGGUAGUAAUAAUAGUAGCAGCGGCGCCAUCGGCGUCAGCAGUUUCAGUGGCGUUAGUGUCGGCGGUGGCAACGGUGGUGUUGUCGGUGGCGGCGUUGGAAUCGGUGGUGUCGGCGGAGUCAUUACGGGCAAAUCAGUUGUGGCUGCCGCGACUGCUGCUGCUUUGGAUGCAACAACUUCCACUGAAGAGCCAUCAAUAAUACCACACGCAACGCCGUCAUAUUUCGCAACAACCUACUACCACCUAGGUGAUGAUGAAUGUCAUAGCGGUGUAAAUCAGUUAGGUGGCGUAUUCGUAGGAGGACGCCCAUUACCUGAUUCUACACGUCAAAAAAUUGUUGAGCUGGCCCACUCAGGAGCACGACCUUGUGAUAUAUCCCGCAUAUUGCAAGUUUCUAAUGGCUGCGUCAGUAAGAUUUUGGGCAGAUAUUAUGAAACUGGAAGCAUCCGACCACGAGCUAUUGGUGGUUCUAAGCCACGAGUGGCCACCGCAGAGGUUGUGAGUAAGAUUUCACUUUACAAACGCGAAUGUCCUAGCAUUUUUGCGUGGGAGAUACGUGACCGGUUAUUGCAGGAAUGCAUUUGCACUAACGAAAAUAUACCUAGUGUUUCCUCUAUAAAUCGAGUACUGCGCAAUCUGGCCGCUCAAAAGGAACAACAACAACAACAUAGCUCGCUUCUGACAAAUACCAGUAACUGUAAUGGGGGCAGCGUAGCCAGUACUAAUAGCAACCCGAAAGCAACCAAUCCAAUUGGCAGCACGACCGGCAGCGGCUCUAUGGGCGGUUCUAGCGGAGGCAGCGUUGUUGAUAUGCAAUUGCGGACCACGAACACACCUCUCAAUUCUGAUGGCAGCUUGGGGAGCAGUGUAAAUGAUGGCGGCGAAGGCGAUGCCUCUGCGAAUAGGAGCUCUGUUGUUAGAGACACUACUGCAGAUACUAUGUAUGACAAGCUUCGCCUACUAAAUGACCAUCAUCAACUUGGGGGGCUCGGCUCAUUGCAUCCAUCUACAGUCACUUCAGCACAGAUGGAAGCAACGGUCCCAGCACCCCCCCAUAACCUGCAUCAUACACAGCAGAUGCAACCGCAAAUUCAUUGCGAUCAUCAUCAGGUUCAACCAAACACGCAUUCGCAGUCUAAUUCUCAUAUGCAUGUUCCAACAGCAACCCUACCGACUCAAUCGCAUACCGCAAACACAUUAGCGCUCACACAUCACCAUCCUCAACAUGCGGUGGUUAAUCAGUGUUGGCCACCACGCCACUACUCCACUUCAUGGUACUCACCGCCAUUAAGUAGUGGACUUUCCAGUGGAGCUGUGUCCAGUGGCGCAAAUAGCGUCGCUAGUGCUGAAAUAGCAGCACCCUCCAAAACUUUGGCUUCAGCCUUUGCAACAGGUGUACAACCGCUCAGUCCUCAUAGUGGCGGUAGAAUGGCAAAUGGAAACGGCGGCAAUGGCAGUAAUGGGAGCUUAUCGUCAGCGCAAGUCAACAAAUAUCCAAUAAGCGAUGACUUAAUGCUGAAAAAAGAACUCGAUGGUCAUCACUCAGAUGAAACCGGUUCGGGUGAGGGCGAAAAUUCCAAUGGUGGUAUGUCGAAUGUAGGUGCAAAUGAUGACGAUCAAGCUCGAUUAAUACUUAAACGCAAGCUACAGAGGAAUCGCACUUCCUUCACCAAUGACCAAAUUGAUAGUUUAGAAAAAGAAUUCGAACGCACCCAUUAUCCUGAUGUUUUUGCGCGUGAGCGUUUGGCUGGUAAAAUUGGUUUGCCAGAGGCCCGAAUACAGGUUUGGUUUUCUAAUCGCCGCGCUAAAUGGCGACGUGAGGAAAAAUUACGUAAUCAACGCCGAACACCUAGCUCAACUGGUGGCAGCUCGUCGAUAUCUGCCACCUCCGUCACAGACAGCCCCAACAGAAGCAGUAUGAACGGUAGCGGCGGCGCCACGGUACUGCCCAGUGGAACACGCCUUUUUUUUGAUUAUUUCGGCUAUGCUACGCCAACAACAGAUGCAUCGAUUCCAGAUGACGUAAUAUCCACACCCCCAUUAGCUCAUAACUCAGUUUCUACUGGUGAUGUAGUAGCUGCUACAACAGUGGCAGUACGUACUUCUGUUAGAGGUAGCGGAGCUGGUACCCCUGAUCAUCUUGGAGGCGGACAGCAAUCAUUAUCUGGUAGCAGGAACGCCAGCGGUACAAGUGUUACAAAUUUGGUAAGUGGACAUUCCAUUGAACGUAGUAGUACAGGAGUAAUGGGACUUAGUGCAACCGCGGGCUCUGGAUGUGCGCCCAUUGGAGCAGUGCAUUCAUAUCAUGCGGCGGUACAUCAUACACACCAUUUAGAUGGUUCCAUUGUACCGACGUUGUCACCUCGGCUUAAUUUGAAUAACGGAUUUAGCAGCUCUAUGGGAACUAUGUACCCAAUACAUCAUCAUUCCACAAUGGCCAUGAGUGAAACUUAUAGUUCAAUGUCAUCCUUCACGCAUCCCUCAAUAUCACCGAUGCCCGGAUCACCAAUUUCUCAACAACGUGACUUAACCCCGCCCUCACUAUAUCAGUGCCAUAUGUCGCUUCGUGCUCCCCUUCCACCUCCUCCGCAUCACCAUGCAAUGAUUGGGAGUUUCGGCAUACCAUCUGUAAGCGCUGGACAUAGUAGUAGCAGUGCAAUGAUUGGGAGCGGUUGCUCUAGCUCAACUGCCAACACAAAUCAGCAGUUGGUAAGCAGAGGUUAUGAUACGACAGUUAAAAGUUAUGAACAAACGGUGGGGCUGCAACCACCAUUAUCGCUACCAACAGCUUAUUCUAACAAUGUUUCUGCCUUGCCUCAAGUUACCAGUGACAGCUCGGUAUCUGCUAUAAAUUGCAAUAGUGGGGCAACUACGACGACAAACCUUAAUAACACUACCAUUUUAUCGACUCGCAACUCACCUUGUAGUCCAAUAAGCCAUCAUCUAGGGACACCCAACGAUGGUGGCGGUAGCAGCAGUACGGCAGCUAGUACCAUGCACAAUUACUCUCAACUGGGAUAUGGCUAUGCAACGACCACCGCUUCAUCUACAGUAUGCAAUAAUAGUGGCGGCCCUACAGUCAUGGACACUGGCCUUUCCUCAACAAGCUCACAAAACCAAGUUGGAAAGCAGCAGCAGUUUUUCGCCUCAUGCUUUUAUUCACCAUGGGUUUGAAAGAAAUAUACAACAUUAGUCAUUCCCAACGCUCGAAGUGGUUUGAAAUAAGUUAAUCAAUUAAUUGUUUGCUAAAUGAAAAAACUAUACAAAUUCAUAUUUUGUAAACUAUGAUUACCGAGAUCUGCGAGAUCUAAUAGACGCUAAUAGUCGCCAUACCAAAUAUUAAUUAUUUUUAUCCAGUUUUAAUACUACUAUUUGAAGUUUUUUGAAUUUCUAUGGUUAUUUACUUUUGUUCUUUACAUUAUUGUACUUUUGUCCAUUACACCGGCCGACAAAUGAAAAUUUUUUGAACGUUGUUAGUAUUUGAGCCACAAAUAUCACCAAUUUUUACUAUUUUAAACACGAAAACACCUACAUAUUUGCCCCAUCACAUCAGAUUUUUUUUAAAAGAUGGAAAAGCAUUUUUUCAAAAUGUAAAGAAAAAAUCAAUAAUCAUAUUAUAAAAACAUAUAUUUGAACAUUUACAAAGAAAAAAUUGAGUCUAAAGAAUGCUACAGGACUAUUUGGAGUGACAUCUUUUACGUUUCGCGUCAAAAUUACAUGCACAUGGGUGUAGUCUUUCUGUGAGUAUCUUCAGCACUAUUGUAUUACGUGUCAGUGACCAGCAGUAAUCAGUCAUCAUAUUCAUAUUCCAUCGACCUUGGUACCUUGUCUCCACAGUUUUUAUGUCCUGGUGGAACCUUUUCCCUGCUCUUCACUGUAAUCACCAAGAUUAUCAAGAAAAAAGUCCAAAUGUAAAUCUAGAAAGUGAAGUUUUAUGCUCAUAUUACACCCCAAUUUCCGAUACUUAUCUAAUAGAUUUGCAACCUUAUUUUUAUAGUCGGGGUGUUUAUUAUUUCCUAGAAUAUUGUUGACAACAUCUUUGAACGCCAGCCAAGCUUCUGAUUCAGUGUUAUUCAUUGUAGCAUCCAAUUUUUCAUCAGCCAUCAAAGAUCUGAUUUGCGGUCCAUCGAAUACUCCUUCUUUAAAUUUUGCAUCAGAUAAUCUUGGAAAUUUUUUAAACAGGUAUUUAUAACUAGCAUUGUUGUUAUCUAAUGCUUUAACGAACUGUUUCAUCACACCAAGUUUGAUAUGAAGCGGACGUAGUAAAUUUUUUUCAGGACUAAUUAAAUUUUUUUAUAUAACGUUUUUUGUUCCUACUUUGAGAUUUUUACGAGGAUUCCAUUGUUUUUGUACGUAGUUCUUGUCUCGGGCUCUGCUGUUCUAAUCGCACAAGAAGCAUGGAAAUUUUGUAUAUCCUGACUGCUGGCCUAAUAUCAUAGUUACAAUUUUUAGAUCCCCACAAAGCUGGUUCAUUUAAAAUUGGUUCAUAAACUUCCGUCGACUCUUGACGCUGUACAUUUUGUACUGAUGAUGUUGAACUAAGAUCAGAUUAUGAGCUUGGAAGGGGCACUGGCAUGUCUGGACCAUGUGGAAUCGGCCGUGUAACUGAAGAUAUAUUUGCGUAGACAAUUUUAUUUUUAUUUUUAGCAUUAAAACCUUUCACAUCUGUACAGUAAAAAUAACAAUCAUCAAUAUGAUUUGUCUGCUCUCUCCAUAUCUUAGGUCUACCGUAAGGUAGAGAUUGUCUUUUUUUUUUUAACCUGAUGUGAAACGAUAAAAUGAGGUAUAAUUUCGUGAUCUGCAUUACCAAAUUAGUGGAAAAAAAUAAUCAGAACUUGAACAAGGAAAAUGAUGUCAGCCGGUGUUAUUUAUGUUAAAAAUAUUUGAAUUAAUAAAGUGAUGCCAAAAAAUAUUUAAAAAAAUCGUAGUUUACGAAAUGAGAAUUUAAAAAUGAAUUUUUACAUUUUUCAUUAUGCAAACAAUUUGUAUAUCGAUGAGUUGUUCAAAAACAACGCUCAACCCAAGGUUAUUGAAAUAAUACAUUUUUUUAAUUCGAUCUCGCAACUAUUAAAUAUGUAAACAAAAGGGUUACAGAAUACUUUCGGCAUUUUCGAGAAAUCAAUAUACGUAUUAAUGUACUAUUAUUAGAUGAAGUGAAUGCGAUGUGGUUUUAGUAUAAAAGCUCCAUACAGUCGUAAUAAUAAAUAAA